AUGUCCUCCCAAGCUUUAACCAAACGCGAUAGUGAGACGAGUUUGAUGCCACCGCCUCCCCCACCGCAACGCAUCAAACGGCCUGCAACAGUCCUAGACGAGGACGUUUACACCGAUGCCCUGUCCCAUAUUAUUGCCAGAGACUAUUUCCCUGGAUUACGGGAAUCUCAAGUGAAACAGGAGUACCUAGACGCGCUAGACUCAAAGAAUCAAGAAUGGAUCGCAAGUUCGAGGCGAAAGCUGAGGGAUCUCAUAAUGACCCCUGGACGAUCUCGGCCCCGCCCUGACUCAAGAAAUAUGACUCCGGGAUUCAGAGGUGCUGGCGCUGGCGCUGGCGCACUGGGAGAUACGCCGAUGGGGUGGGGUGGGGAUACACCCGUGUCGGUGGUUUCUGCGGUGUCUACGAGUUCAACUACGACGACAAUGACGGCACAACAGACAGACCCCGCACCAGAUGUAUCGAAGAUGGGGUUGCUCGAAUUUCAAGCCAAGUAUACCGGCGAGGACAACGAAUCCUUCAACAAGUUGCUGGAUAAGCAGAAUGCAAAGCGGCGAGAGAAACACGCCUGGCUCUGGAAUAAUAAUAAGAUCCCCAGUGCGCGGCAGAUCGCCCAUCGGCGGCGUGAGGCCAAACUGAUCGAAGCCCGGGGUGGGAAAUGGAAAACAGACCAGGAAAAGCAAAUCGCAAUUAAGACGGAUCUUGAUGCGCGCCCUGCGCAGCCGGACACCUGGAAACCCGCCGCGGAAAACUCGCUGAUGUUUCCCCCCUCAUCGGUCGAGGACACGCACGAAACCAUCCAGCAAAAGGCUGAGGCUGCGUCCCGCGCUGGGCCCAAGCGUGUGGUAUACCAAAAUACCCGACUCGCCGAGGCAAUCUUCGCAGAUGGAGCGAGAUCCGGACCCGGAACCAUUCCCCCGCCUUCGCCGUCAAUAUCCGCCAUCCAAGACGCCAUUGCCGGCCGACCACGCCCUACGGAUUCUGAAGCUUUCUAUACAGGCGGCGAAACACCACGCGUAAAUGGCUACGCCUUUGUCGACGAAGACGAGCCCGAACCCGAGCCCACCACCACCACCACCACCACCACCAACGACGACGACCUGCGUAUGCUCGGUGGCGCAGGUGACACAACCCCGAACCCCUUCCAAAUCAAAGCAAACCGUCGCCGCGAAGACCUCCACCACCGCAUGGUCGAUAAAGCCGCACGCACCAAGAGAGCCGAAAAGAUCGCCCAGCUCACGAAAACCCCUGUAUCUGUCAUACGUACGGGCACAAGCACGCCUAGGUUCGCAAGCAGUCCCAAGCUGGAUUUUGGGCUCCGAACGCCUGGCCAGCGGCUAGGGCAAGGAGGAGGAGGAGGAGGACCAAAUACGAAGAUGUUGACACCUGCGGCGCAGAAGCUUCUGUCUCAAGUGGGGAGUACACCGAGCCACCGGGGUUCUUCUUCUUCUUCUUCUUCUUCUUCUUCUUCGGCGUCAGGGUUGAAGAAUCUGUGGACUCUGACGCCGCGACGGCAGAAAUGA